AUGACGGCAGUGACGACUGGGGGUGAUGGACAGCAACAGCUGGAGGCGGAGGCGGAGAAUGAGCAGAAGGUUGUUCUUCGAAAGGCGGUGUCGGACGUGUCUCAAGAAAUGGAGAAGUACCUAAUAGUAAAGUCGGAGCUAGAGACGAUAAUUGAAGAAGUGGAACAAGCUGAAUGCGAGUGCUGUGGAUUGAAGGAAGAGUGCACCAGAGUUUACAAAAGGCAAGUUCAAGAACGGUAUUGUGGGAAGUGGGUGUGUGGCCUUUGUGCUGAAGCUGUAAAAGAGAGAGUGGUGGUGCUGGCCAUGGAAGAUGCUUUGAACCAACAUAAGGAUUUUUGCAACCACUAUAACGCCACUACUAGGAUUAAUCCAAAGCUAUCUUUAACUCUUUCUAUGAGACAAAUAGCAAAGAGAAGUUUAGAGAAAAGGAAAAGUAUGUCCAAACUUGGAAGGAGCUCUAGCUAUCCCUAA